AUGCACGCGUGGGUCUCUGCUAAUGCAGCGUUCCGGCUGAGAAGGGAGCAAAGCUAUGCUCCUUGGUGUCCAGCUUGUCAACAGAUUGAAUUGACAUGGGAGAGUUUUGCAAAGGAAAGCGAACAUCUAGAUAUCACUGUGGGAAAGGUGGAUGUCACUCAAGAACCAGGCUUGAGUGGUCGUUUCUUUGUCACAACACUUCCUACAAUUUACCAUGCAAACGAUGGAGUGUUUCGCAGAUACCGAGGCUCACGAACAUUGGAAGAUCUUCAAGGUUAUGUUUUAGAGAGAAAAUGGGAAGCUGUGGAGCCUGUUGCAGGGUGGAAGUCUCCAUCUUCUAUAAUGAUGCAUGGCAUGGCAGGACUAUUUCACCUCUCUGGAUGGAUCAGGCAAAUUCAUAGCUACCUCACGGGCACUCUUGGAAUUCAUGUUUGGAUUUCUUACGCAAUCUUCAUCUUAGCUACCUUAUUGAUUGGCCUGUUCCUGGGUUUGAUACUGGUUUUGAUUUCAGACUGCCUUUGCCCAUCCAAGUCAAGAUACAGAGCUGAAACAUCUGAAGCAAUUACAAAGGAUAAUGUGGAGAAUGCGGCAUUAGAAGAACCGGAGGAGGCUGCAGAGCUUUCUGCAGAUGAUGCGGAAGAGACUGCAGAUGUAAAAGAUCUCUCAGAUGGAGAAGAUGCAGCGAAUUCAAGUGCUGAUGACUCAGAGGAGGAUUUAGCACUUGAAAAAGAAUCAGGGGAAGAAGAAAUGGAAGACUUAAGUGAACAACCCUUAGCUGAUUCAGAGACUGAAAGCUCAGUAAGAAAGCGUAAAAGUCAGGUGGCUGAUAAUGGACUAUAG